UAUCACCACAUCACAGAUUCACUAUAUGUCAUUGUUAUCACAUGUUUUCCUCGACAUGUGCAUCAGACAACACUUAAGACCCUCGUCGUAAUGGCCCCCACCAUAUAAUUUGCUACAUUCCAAAAAGGACGUGGAGAGGGAUCUGUCAGCGACGUCCUACAAUUCCAACCAUUAAUCGGGAAUGCUCAUGCUGUGUGUCCUGUCAAUGGAGAAUAUCAAGGGGCAGGGACGCUGAGGAUGGAGUGCAUGAAAUGACCAAUAACUGCAUAUUGUAACCGAUGGUAUCCGAGUCAUUCGAUUAUCUCUACCAAAGAAUUCCAGAUUGCAUUGUAAAUGUCUGAGAAACCUAGAGCCCAGUAUGAGGAAGACGACCAGGCCAGUGGCCGGCCUAUUCAAAGCCACGGCAGCAGGCACUAAGUUCCAGACUGGGGAGAGAGUCAAGCCUGAGGGCGCCACCAUGGGCACAGCCGGCAAGAAUACGGCCAAGACCUCCGCUACCGCACCACUCUCUAAGGCGAAGAGCAGCGAUGACUUGUCAUCAGCAACAACAGUAGGAAGUGGAGCCUCUGCUGGGAGCAGCACUAUUCCCAAGGCGAAGAAGACUGGCUCUGCCCACUCUUCAACCUAUUCCACUACAGGUACUAGCAACCCAGAGGGCAAGACAAAGACUAGCUCUGCCCACUCUUCAACCUCUUCCACUACAGGUACUAGCAACCCAGAGGGCAAGACAAAGACUAGCUCUGCCCACUCUUCAACCUCUUCCACUACAGGUACUAGCAACCCAGAGGGCAAGACAAAGAUUAGCUCAGGCAAGCGUGGGACCUCCUCUGUGGUGAAGGAGCCCGGUUCAUCCCGGGAGGGCCUGCGAGAACGCUCCAGAACUGGCACCGCCAGCAGGAAGCUCUCCGGACCCUCGGACACCUUGGCACCGCCCAAGAGAGUCCGCAGCCGAGCCAUGACUGAGUCCGAGUCCCGUAUGAGCAAGUCCAGGUCGGAUGGGCAGCUCAGCAAUAAGACGCUCCUGGAGAGCAGGGUGAAGGAUCUGCUGGGCCUGGCCAAGAGCAAAGAUGUGGAGAUCCUCCACCUGCGCACCGAGCUGCGGGCCAUCCGUGUCCAGCUAGGCCUGCCUGAGGAGGAUGGGGGGAGCAGAGAGAGGGGCGAGGGAGAGGAGACUGCUGAGGCUGAGCCCCUACAGGAACAGAAAAAAGAAGCUACUCCGCUCAUCUAUACAGACGUUGAGUCCACCCUGCUCUUGCUGCAGGACCAGAACCAGGGGAUCCGCGUGGAACUGAACAUGCUAAAGAGUGAGAACCGCAUGCUGAAGGACCGCCUCAAUGCCAUGGGUUUCUCGCUGGAGCAGAGGCUGGACUGCUCCCUCAAAGCCCCACGAGGCUCCUGCCUCAGCCCAGAGCUUCCCCCAGCCAGCGGUGGCAGAGAUGGAGGGUUCCAACGGGCCCCUUUUCAACAUGGGGUCUCCCCACACAGCUCUGCCUGCGGCUCCAAUGAAGACCUUCUGGACCCCCGGCGAGCCAUCUCCCCUGAGGCGGCCGACAGCGAGUGCAGCGAAGCCUACCAGCCGAUCACCUCCAGCGAUGAUGCCCUGGACGCCCCCUCUGGUUCUGCCUCUGCCUGCUGCUCCUCCUCUGAGUCAGAGGGCGGGCCACCGAGUAACUGCGAGCGCUCCUGUAGCGGCAGCAGUGGCAACACCAGCGAGGUGUCGGUGGCCUGUCUAACGGAGCGCAUUCACCAGAUGGAGGAGAACCAGCACUGCACCUCUGAGGAGCUCCAGGCCACACUACAGGAGCUGGCCGACCUGCAGCAGAUCACCCAGGAACUAAGCACAGAGAACGAGAGGCUGGGCGAGGAGAGGGUCAUUCUGGUAGACUCCUUGUGCCAGCAAGGUGACCGGCUGGAGUUGUACGGCCAGCAGAUGGACUACUUCCGGGGCCUGCUGGACGAGCACCGCCUGGCCUAUGCCCCGGUCGACGAGGAGGACACUAAGAGCAGCCGCUACCUGGAGCUGGAGCGUCGCUACGUGGACCUGACUGAUGGGACCCACUUCGAGAGGGAGCAGCUGCUGGGGGUGCAGCAGCACCUGAGCGGGGCACUGAAAAUGGCGGAGCAGGACAACGCAGAAGCCCAGGGCCUGAUAUCAGCGCUAAAGGAGAGGGUGCACAUGGCUGAGCGGCAGGCUGAGAUGGAGCGCCGGGAUAGGGCAGUGGCGGCCACAGAGCUGGAGGUCCUGAGGGAGGCGGCCGUGGGCGAGCAGGUGGAGUUGGCUCGAUGCAGGGCCCAGCUGGAGCAGGAGAGACAGAGGGUGUCUGACCUCUACUCCAUCCACAAUGCCGGGGACAAGAUGGACAUCCGCCACCAGCUGGAAAGCGAGAGGAGGGACAAGGAGAGGGCAGAGGCGGAGUCUGCUCAGCUGCAUGAGGAGCUGGACCACACCCGCGACGAGGCCGCCAGGCUGGAGGACGGUAUCAGCAAGCUGGAGGAGAACUUCCGUGCGUUUCGUGAUGAGGUGCAGAAGCAGCUAGCAGAGCAGAAGCGGGCCCUGGCCCAUCAGUGUUCUGAGCUGGAGGAGAGGGACACUGAGGUCUCAGACAUUAAGGAGACCAUCUUUGAGCUGGAGGACGAGGUGGAGCAACACCGAGCCGUAAAACUCCACGACAACCUCGUGAUCACAGACCUGGAGAGCUCCGUCAAAAAACUGCAGGACCAAAAACAUGACAUGGAGCGUGAGAUCAAGAUGCUGCAUCGAAAGCUACGGGAGGAGUCUAUGGAGUGGCGUCAGUUCCAGGCCGACCUGCAGACGGCGGUGGUCAUCGCUAACGACAUCAAGUCAGAGGCUCAGGAAGAGAUUGGGGAUCUGCGGCGCCGCCUUCUGGACACACAGGAGAAGAAUGAGAAGAUGAGCAAAGAGCUGGAGGAGAUCAAGAAGCAGGAUGAGGAGAGGGGCAGGGUGUAUAACUACAUGAAUGCGGUUGAGAGGGACCUAGCUGCCCUGAGGCAGGGCAUGGGUCUCAGCCGACGCUCCUCUACCUCCUCUGAGCCCUCUCCCACCGUCAAGACCCUUAUCAAGAGCUUUGACAACGCCUCCACUGCAGGCCUUGUCCCAACCUCCCCCACAGCAGCCGUGCCAGCAGUUACCACAACGAUUGCCCGUACACCCCUCAGCCCCAGCCCUCUGAAAACCCCACCCGCUGCUGCUAUCUCUCCCAUACAGAGGCACACUGCGUCGACCCCCAAACCCCCAUCCUCCAUGGUGGACAAGAGGUCCAGUUACACAGACCUCACUAUUGAAAGUAAUGUGAUUGUGGUGCAGAUAACACUGUGGUUAACUACUUCUUCAGUCAUCACAGUGACCCAUGUUCCAGUAAGUGACCUUUCUCCUGUCUUGUCCCCAGUGUCCCGAAGGUGCAGUGAGGAGCUGAAGAGGGACAUGUCUGCCUCAGAGAACACUGCCUCGGCCUCCCUCAUCACCUCCUCCCUUUCAGCUGCCUCCUCCCCCACCGCCUCAGUCACCCCCUCCGCAAGGGGACGCUUACGGGAGGAGAGAAAAUACGCCCUGUCUGCACUGGCCAGGGAGUACGGGGGAUCCAAGAGGAACGCCCUGCUGAAGUGGUGCCAGAAGAAGACUGAAGGAUACCUGAACAUUGAUAUCACCAACUUCAGCAGCAGCUGGAACGACGGGCUGGCUUUCUGUGCUGUUCUCCACACCUACCUGCCUGCCCACAUUCCCUACCUGGAGCUCUCCAGCCAGGACAAGAAGCGAAAUUUCACACUGGCUUUCCAGGCCGCUGAAAGUGUCGGGAUCAAGUCCUCAUUGGACAUUGGAGAGAUGGUGCACACAGAGAGGCCUGACUGGCAGAGUGUGAUGACCUACGUCACUGCCAUCUACAAGUACUUUGAGACGUGACCCAUCUUCAAGCCUGAACACCUCGCUUGCCCACACACACACACACACGUCCAGCCAGGGAUGUCAUCGCAACACUGGACAACCUUAGAGCAACAUCAGCCAAUGCUACCUGCGGAGA